AUGCAUAUUCAUAAAUUAAGAAAAAAAAUAAAAAAAAAAAAAGAAGGAAAUUAUUUAACGAAAAAAAAUAUAAUAAGAAAAUUAUACCUAAAUGAAGAUGAAUUUAGAAAAUUAUGUAUAUUCAAAGGUAUUUACCCAAAAGAUUAUAAAGAGAUCCCAUUAAAAUAUAGAAAAAAGUUUUAUAAACACAAAAUAUUUUAUACAAGAAAUGAUUAUUUAAAAUUAUCCCAUGAAAAAAUUAUUCAAGAUUUUCGAAAAAUUAAAAUAUUUUUAAGAAAAUAUAAAAAAUUCAAAAUAGUAAUGGAAGAUGAAGCAAGAAGUAAAAACAUUGUAAGUAAUUUUCCAAAAUAUAAGUUAGAUCAUAUCAUAAAAGAAAGAUUUCCUGUACUAUCUUAUGCAGUAGAACAACUAGAUGAUUCCUUAAGCGCUGUUAUAGCUUAUUCUUUAUUACCUUCAAAUGAAAAAUUAGGAAUAAAAAAUAAUUUAGUUAAAUUGUGUGAAGACUUAAAAAAUCACUUUCAUUAUUAUAUAUAUAAAACAAAAAAAAUAAAAAAAGCAUUUAUAAGCGUUAAAGGAUAUUAUUUGCAAGCUGAAAUAUUGCAGAAAAAAGUUACUUGGAUAGUUCCCCAUAUUUAUACACCUUAUUUAUCUAAAUCAAUAGACUUUCGUUUAAUAACAACUUUUAUUGAAUACUAUGUUUCCUUAUUAAAAUUCGUUUUAUACAAAUUGUAUAAAUUAGAUAAUUUACAAUAUCCACCAGAAGAAAACGAGACUUUAAAAAACGAAAAAUUUAAGCAUUUAGCUUAUGAUCCUUAUUUUAUAUCUAUAUACGAAGCAAAGAAGAAUGAUUUAGAAAAGAAAAAAGAAAAAAAAGAUAACAAAUGUAGUAGAGAAAAACAAAGAAAAAUUAAAAAAAAAGGUAUAUGUGAUAAAGAAAAAGAAAAUGACAAUGCUUUAGUUGUAAAUAAAAAGAAUAAAGUAAACAGUAAAAAAAAUGAUGAUCACAAAGAUAAUGAUAAAAUUGUACCAAAGAGCUUACAGAAUGAUAAGAAAGCUCAGAGUGAGAAAGAAAAUAAGAAUGAGAAUAAUGAAAUUUUAAAAAAUAACGAAGAAAAUGAAAAUAAAAAUACACCUGUAAAGCAUAACAUAAAUGAUGAAGAUAAUAUAAAUGAACUUUUUAAAAAUUACAUUUUUUAUAUUCACAAUGAUAUGCCAUUUUAUAUAUUAUCAAUUAUUAUUUUAUCAUGUGGAGGACAAAUAUGCUGGAAAAAUUUAUAUUCACCAUUUAAGUAUGAAAGUAAAAAAAUUACUCAUGAAAUUGUAGAAGCUCACGAAUCUAUUAUAUUAAAUGAAUUUAAAUACAAAAGAAACAUUAUACAACCACAGUAUGUUUUUGAUUGUUUAAAUAGAAGGAAAAUUUUACCAUGUAGUGAUUAUUCCAUAGAUAAAAACCUACCUGUACAUUUAUCUCCUUUUAUUGAAGAUGAUAAUUAUAAAAAUUUUGUAAAAAAAGAAGAGUAUACAAUAAAUAAGAUGCUGAUUAAAAAUGAGGGUAAUGAAGAAAAAAAAGAUUCAAAUGAAAAUGAUGAUGAUGAAAUAUUAAACUCGGAAGAUGAAUUGAAUGAUGCAAUUCUUGAAAAUCAUAGAAAUGUUGCUUUAAAUAAUCAAAUUGAAUUAGAAAAUGAAGAUAAAGAUACAGAUGCUAUCAAAAAAAAAAAAGACCUAAACAUUUAUAAUAUUAAAAAUUUAAAAAAACAGGAAGAAUUACAGAGAAACAAAAUUGCUUUAAGUAAAAAAAAAAGAAAGCUAUAUUCAAGAAUUGAAAGAGCAGAAAAAAAACAAAAUUCAAAAGUAGAGAAAUUUUUAAAGAAAGCAAAAAAUAAAAAAGGAAAAAAUAAAUAG